ACUGUCCGACAGCCGACAACAGCUGAUUUGUUUAACACACAUCUUAUUCAUUAUUCCUUUUGCAGUCUAGAAGUGCAAGAUUUUCUUGGGUGUGUUGCAAAGAAAAAUAAAUUCAAAUUAGCAGAAAUUUUUCUACUUUCACUAUAGAUAAUUUGAACAAACUAUGUAGAGUGAAUAUUUUGUGAUACUUUUUGCAUUUUAUAUGUAUCACAAAUGUCAAAUGUUUCAACGCAACGGAACAAAUGCUACAAUACGUCUCGCGAACCACCAGCAUCUUUACUCAGGUUAUGCUACAAUUUUAACAGACAUCGAAAUGCAAGAUGUAGCAAGUUCAACUGCAAUCGGAGGCAAAGCAACGUUAACUAAGAAACUACUACUAACUAUAUUGGUACUUGCCCAAAUAUGUUUCAUUUCGUGCCUAUGGUUGUUGCAGCUAGGUGGUGGCCUCAAUACCAGCAUCAAUGAGGUAACUUCGCAAAAUGGUGACAACAAAAACUUGGUAUCCAAUACUAAAAACUUAGCUAAUAAGCCAAGCACUGAAGCAUUGCACGGGAUGAGACGAGUUAACUUUAUAACCAAUUCCACAAAUGUUAGUUUAACCGAGAAUGCGGUGAGGAAAAGAGUACUAAAGCACGAAUUAUUGCAAGCUGUGAUCGAAAAUAGUCAAUCAGGGAAAGAAAGCAAUUUUAGAAAAGACUUUUAUGUCAAACAGAACAGACUGAAUUCAACCAUAGAAAUAAGAAAUAGAACCGGGUUAUUGCCUGAGUUUGGCAACGAUGCAUUGUGGUGCUUCCGCAAAGGUAGUAUCGACGAAUUAUCUCAAAUAUCGAAUGAUGAAGUUCCACAAUAUGUGGCACUUUCUUGGGAGGAAGAGAACACACAAUGCAAGUGUCGCGCAGGAUGGCAUGGAAGGGAUUGUGGACAACCAGAGGUUAUGUGGCGUGCACUGUUAACGUUAAAAACACCAUUUCAACUGCAGCAGCCAACUAAAACAAGGGAUCCACAUAGAUUAAUUUACUUCUUGGAAGGGAAUUUUUUUAAUUUGGAUUUACUGGACUUACAAAUAAGUAUGCUCGAAGAUAUAGUUGACUAUUUUGUAAUAUUUGUAAAGCCAGCACGUAAGGAUCCAAAAACUCUUGAACACAUGUUAGAAGAGAAGCUCACAGCUAAGCAAUAUAUGCUUUUCAAAUGUGACCAAGAGUAUGCAUUACAAAAUGGGAAUUGCACCACCAAAGCAGCAUAUGCACACUUCCUUCAACAGCUGAAGCAUAAACAACUCCAACUAUUACCACUAAAAUCAACCGAUCUGCUACUUUAUACCGACGAUCGUGUUUUCCCAUCACCACAAGCACUGCAAUUUCUUAAAUAUUAUGCAAACGAUGUUCGUAAUGUGCUUUUUCGACUGAAGUAUGUUGUCUAUGGUUUUUAUUGGCAACAUCCAAAACAAACCUAUCUUAAUGGUCUUAUAAGUUCCUUUGUCCAUGUGGACAACCCAAGCCAAAUAAAUGGUGGUGAAAAAGAUCCAGCAAAGAUAAUGGAAAUGAGUAAAGCAGAAAGUAGUCACAGAGCACCUUUCGUCAUUGGCGAUCUAAAUCAUUUUGGUGGUUGGUUUUGCAAAUACUGCCAGCAACCAGAAGAAAUUGUCGCCGAAUUACACGCUGAAACUAGUUCCUUGACACAAGUUCAAUUUACGGAGACUGUAAGUGGCCAUAACAUUGAUGUGACCUAUUUGCAAAAACUGAUUGCCACCGGUGUUUAUGUUGAUGGGCGCACACAGCUCCUGCGCAAUCGUCGGUAUUCGGAUAAAUACUAUGCACCCGCAGUGGCGGAAACAGAUAAUUCAAAAUAUGGCAAUCUAUUAAUUAAUUUAUACGAGUCGUUUGAUGAUGACAUUGAAUAUGAAGCCGGAAAUUACUAACAAAGUCAGAAACUGUAGCCACAUCCUCAUCUUGACAUUGAUCGAGUUCGAGUGGCAUUGAAUGAUAGUUCGAAUAUCGGUAUUAAAAAAAAAUGUUCAUAACCAAUUUCGAAUUAUGAAAAAUGAAUGUGCAAGUUACUUGCCAAAAAUAUAUUGCUUACCUACGAUGGAGUUUAAUGGAUUAUGAAAUCUCAUUAUUAGCUUUAUCAUCAUUUCAGUGACAUACAUACAUACAUAUAUAUUGAAAGUUAUUCAAGAUUUGUGCCUAAUACGUUUAAAAAUAAAUUAUUACAUGAAAAUUCCCAAGUCAUUUAUAAUUUGCAACUAAAAUUGGAAACAUGAUUGGUAAAUAAAAUAUAAAAAAAUGCCUCAAAGAGGAUGGCAAAAAAAAUUGGAGCAUCGUAAAGAUACUGAUGGAAAAUUUAAAUGCAUCAAAUUAAUU